AUGUUCAAAGUGUUUGUGUCGAAACGGCCAAUUUUAGACGCCGACUUGGCGUCUAUUGAUCAAUUGGACCGUCUGAAAGCGCUGGAUAUGGCGUAUUUCGACGAAAACAUCCAGAUCGUCGCAGUGACUCCGGCCUCUGUCAAACAAGUCGAAUUGGAUCUUAUUUACAAUGUUCAAAAUACUAUCUCGCACAGCCUCAAAGACAGCACUCGAGUGGGAGAUCAUCUUGUUUGGGUGUUUGGGACGACCGUGAUUGCCGACAAGUUGUCAAACGAACUGAAAAUCAAAGCAUCGUAUCAACAAGAAGUGGUAAACAACACGGUUUCCAGCGAAUUUGAAAACUCCCUCCAAAUAGGAUCGACGUUGUUAUCUCAACAUGUGGACAACUUCAAGUCGUUCUCCUCAACUUCCACCAUCAGGAUCAGACCCAUCUUCCAGAUGCGGUUCAAAACCAUCAAAACAGAGAAAACUAUGGCUUCGUUGGAACUUGCACUGUCGGGUCAGUUCAGAGAGUCUGGAGCGUCCACGCAGAUCGAGUCGGUCGGUUUGUUGAUCCAGAAUUGCGACGUGGUGAGCUACUCGAACCUGAAGUAUCCGUUAACGUUGCCCAAGAACUCCAACCUUAGUCUCACAUACAAACUCGUCAACAACGAUACAAAGUGGAUGAAGCCGGUUUUGGUCACUAUCGCGUGCACAGUCAACGCAAAAAGACACAUCAUAACCAAAUGGAACACCAACGUGGACUUCCAGGCGGCGCCGGCGGUGGCUCCGAUCCCGUCUCCAAGCCUGGGAGUGCUAAAGAGCCGAUCAACCAACUCCGCAUUGAGUCUGGUGAAGAAAAGUAGGCCAAAGUCCAACUCGUCAUUGAACCUCAGUCACACAAGAAAAAACCUUAAUAUCUCUGUUUCUGGCCAGACCAAGGUCAAGCUCGGAGAAGUGUUCAAGUGGAAGCUACAGUUCAUCAACAAGUCCAACGACUCGCUUUCUCUCAUCUUGUACAUUCAGUCCAGUAUAAACAAAGAAUACGAAAAGUCUGUUCCGCCGAUUCCUCUGCAGAACUCAGGCUUCAACAAGGCAGAUCCUGUUCCGCUGUACGCACUCGGUCAGCUGGUGAGAGCGUUCAAGCACGAGUUCAACAAGGCGGGUCUCAUUUCGCUCACAAACAACCUCAAGUUCACUCUGGACCCGGGCAACUUGUUUGAGACGGAGCUGGAACUUAUUGGAAUCGAGAAGGGACUGGUCAAUCUCCAUGACGUGCGCGUGCUGGAGAUCAAGAGCGGCGAGAUAUUCGAGUGCGGUCGGUUGCUUGAUGUUCUGGUGGUGUAA